AUGUCAUCCUCACCCUCGUCAUUCGAUCCCACCUCAGGCAUACCUCCCGAGACGCAGGACGCCCUCUAUCUAGACUCUAUUCGCCUUGUUGGCGCAACGACCAUCGCAGGUGCUUUCUACGGCAUUUCAACUGCCACUGCUUUUUUGUGCCUAGGCACCCUCGUCCGGACGCGCUCGCGCUUUUCUACCACGCGUUAUGCCUUCUUCCUGUGUUACGUUGUCAUGGUUUGGCUAUGCGGUACGGUGUUUGUCGCGGGGCAAGCUUGCGAGGUGCAGGAGGCGUAUGUCACGCAUAGGACAUUCGCGGAGGGGCCUUUCGUGUGGGGGAACAAACAUCAGCUGAGGUCGCUGAGGGUACUAGUGAAUGUGACGUACUGGGUGCUGGUGACACUCUCGGAUGGACUUGUGGUAUGGAGACUCAAAGUCAUCUUCUCCACCUCUAGAUGGGUUCGUUACUUGAUAUCCCUUCCGGUCUUGUUAUACUUGGGAAUGGUUGUCACUGGGUUGAUCUCGUGGCUUUCAAAUACUGUGCCUGAUCAGCGUAUACUGCCGGCCCAUUCGCUGGCGUCCAACAUUCCGCCGCUUGUCUUAACAAUCGCAUUCAACGUCAUAUCCACCACGCUCAUGGCGGGCAGACUAUGGCGCUUCCGCCGACGCUCGAGGAAAAUCCUCAAUCCCGCCCUCCACCCAAACCACUUCACCAACAUCGCGCACAUACUCAUCGAGUCGUGCGCUCUACUCACAGCCACCUCGCUCGUCUACAUGGCCCUGUCGCUCGUGAAUCACCCCGGUGUGUACAUCAUGGUGACGCUACUACCCCAGGUGCAGAUCAUCGCGCCCUUGCUGGUGCUGCUCCGUAUCUCGCAAGGCAUCGCAUGGGGCGCGACGGGCGAAGAGCUCAGCGUCAGCAGGUCUAUUGUCGAUUUGGAGCGGGUGAGAGCCAGGCUGGAGCAGGGGUCUAGCGAUAGAGGAGAGGAGAGCGCGGAAGGAUGACACGAGCGUAGGUCGCGUUCACUCACGAAGCUUGCCUCGCGAUAACCAGGGAUUUGAUGUAUGUGCUGAGGAGGCCAUCGAGAUGAAGCGGUGUUAACGAUACCCUCUUAUAUUCACGCAA